AUGCUUGUCGCUCGUCAACACAACAACAAAAAAAGGUCCAGAACUAUUUACUACGAACAUAUUCAAAAAGCGAGAAUAUUAUCUAAUGAAAAUGCUGAAUAUCUGGCUGACCAAACAAAAGACGAAACGUCCAUUCGAAUUUACAAAAAAUUUGCAAUCGUAUCCAUGUCCGUGGACUUUGUUACUCCACCACUUAUUGACGAUAAACAAAGCUUUCAAAAUCUUGUUAUGCAAAGAAGCUUGGCAAAACAAAGAAAGAGCACACCAAAUCGCAAAAACUAUGGCAAAAGAACUCCUAGAUCCAAAAAUUAUGUAUAUAAUGAACCCAAGAGAUCUAAUAAAGCCGUUCCUCUCG